AAAACAAGAAGCUAAGUCGAUUACUACAAUAACGUCGCAGUUUUCGCUCCUUGCCUAAUCGCAGCCGGCAGCCGGCAGCCUCUCUCCAAUCGGCACCGGUGUUAAUCAAAGAAGUGUUUCUGCAGAAAAACCCUAUCUGCAUAAGUUGCCCAUCUUCGUAAAUGGCGGAAAAGGCUGUGACAAUUAGGACGAGGAAGUUCAUGACCAACAGGCUUCUAUCGAGAAAGCAAUUUGUCAUUGAUGUCCUGCAUCCUGGGAGACCUAAUGUGUCGAAGGCUGAACUGAAGGAGAAACUGGCGAGGAUGUAUGAAGUCAAAGAUCCUAAUUCCAUAUUUGUAUUCAAAUUCCGUACUCAUUUUGGAGGUGGGAAGUCUACUGGGUUCGGUCUUAUUUAUGAUUCAGUUGAGAGCGCCAAGAAAUACGAGCCCAAGUACAGGCUAAUCAGGAAUGGAUUGGAUACCAAGGUGGAAAAGUCAAGAAAGCAGUUAAAGGAAAGGAAGAACAGGGCCAAGAAAAUCCGAGGUGUAAAGAAGACCAAGGCUAGUGAUGCUGCCAAGGGCGGGAAAAAGAAAUGAGAUUAUGAGCUAGCCUAUUGUUAUAAUACUACUCAGGUCCUUAGCUGUUCUUUUAUUUCUUCUGUUAGUUAUCAAACUUUACAUGAACUAUUGAUCAUCUUCAAAGUUUUAUAUUCUACUUUAGUUAUCUGCGGAACCUUUGGUUAAAUUGAAUAAUGAGUUUUAAUCUUCAUUGAAUUUUUUUUCUUUUAGGUAAUCAGGAUAUGCUUUUACUUUGUCACAAUGUUGUCUGUAAUGUGAUGAUGUUCCUAAAUUUAUUAGAGUUUUCAUUUGCCUGAA